AUGGCCACAGCAUGGCGAGCUGGUGAUAUCUUGACUGCUUCUCGUGUCGGGUACGCUGGAGUUGCUGGAGUCACGUCGCAACAUGCAUCAUCCGGGAGUCCUGUCAGAGCCGAGAUAGCACUGAAUCAGGACAAGAGCAGGCUUCAGCUUCGGAGACAUGCCAGUCCCGGAAAAGAGAGAUCUUUUAAAUUCAGCGACUGCGCAGUCUCCGAGAACAGUCCCACGAAUGCAUACUCACCUCGAAGUGCAGCCAUCGUUCCUGGAUUCUCGCGAGGGUCGAGCCCUCUACGCGGACUGCGGGCAGGAGAGCUCAUGUCUGCAGUCAGGGAAACCGAACGGUCCGAGCAAAGCCUUCGAAGCGACGAUCAGAGGGCUGCCAUGGCUUGGCCAUUUCAGCGCGGGCGCGACGAGUUGAUCCACGGGCGGGCAUCGCCGUUCACAGCACGGUCAGCAAGUCCUUUCCGAUCUAGACGAGAGAGCCGCUUCAGUGGAAACUCGGGAAACCAUGUAGAACAUGGAGACAAGCAGAGCUUGGUUAUAGCUGCCACCGCAGCAGCAGCGGCAGAGGAAGAGGCAGAAGUGGAUGUCUUGCGCCUUGGUGGCGUCGGUCGCGACGGACACACUCGCCCACUCUCGCCCCGGGUGCGAGACAGUCAUUGGCUCGAUGGCCUGUCUCCGCGCAUCGCCGAGCGUGGAGGUUCGCGACUCUUCCCGACGCACUUAGCGAUGCCGAAGGACCGACCCAGCCCCUCUACAGGCUCUGCGAAACCGGGCGGAGCGUAUACAUCACCAAGAGCUCGCCGUAGCCCACGAGCCACGACCCAUACCGAAAAGGUGGCAUGUAAGAAGACGGAGUCAAAGGCGAAGGACGCAAAGGCAUCUCAAAGUGCUUGGGCAAAGAAGAAGACCGAGAUUGGACACAAGCGAUCAGAGCACCGCGCGGGGCCUUCAGUGGAAUCACCUCAGCUCCCAGCAUGGGCUAAGCCGCUGGAGGCCAAAUCCAAGGAGAACGGGAGCCAAACUUCUUCUAAGGAGAGCAUCUCAAAGCGACAAGACAUGCAAGCUUUGAGGCAGCGCCUCGAGACAAGACUGAAAGCAGCGGAGCAGGGCCUGCACUCCCGGUCCCAGGAGGUGUCGAACACGGAAGAGGCAUCAGCUUCAGCCUGA